AUGAAGAUUAAAUGUUGCUUUCUUAAAAGAAAAGAUCUUGAGAAGCAUUAUAAUCUUAUCUCUCAAAGGUAUUAUACUUUGUGCGAACUUGAUGACAUCAAUUUGAAGCAAGCUUACCUGAAUAGCUUGCCAAAUCCACUUGGAGAAGAAGUGCUUCGAGAACUCCAGAUGAGUGGAAAAAGACUAGAGAAUACCUCUUUAGGUAAACUCUAUCAAAGUGCUCUUAUGAAUCUGGAUGCGCUCUGCAAAAAAUACGACACGUACAAGAGAGUCCAAAAAACAGACAUAAAAAUUACUAGAAAAUGUAAGAGGAAGGAUCUUUGCAUCAAGUGCAAAGGAGAUAAACAUUGCUUCUGCUCAACAGGAGAACCUAGAGAAGUAGAUUUCUGGAUACACAAGAAAUCUAGAAGGUUGAGACACAAGAAGAAAAAAUGGAAGUAUCUAAGAAAAAGGAAGUAUCGAAGAGACCCAAAAAGAAAAAGAUGCUACAUCUGCAAUCAAAAGGGGCAUUAUGCCAAAGAUUGCCCAACGAAGCAUAAACUAGUAAGACUUGUUCAUAUAUUGCACAAGAACACAGAAUGGGACUUUGAGGACGACAUUGAAUCGGUAUUCUCCCUCGAUGAUGAUCAAAAUGAUGAGUCAAUCCUCGCGUUCUAG